AUGUCAAGAAACACGGAAAAGGCACAAUCGUCCUUGAAUAGAUUUCAAGCUUUGAAAAACAAGGAGGCUGGUAUCCUUGAGAGUAAUCCAAAUCUCAGGCCAAAAUAUGUUCAAUCUGUUGACUCAUUGCCUCAAGCAGAAAAAUGGAGAUCAACCAUCAUUGGUGAAAUAUCGGUAAAACUUACAAAGAUUCAAGACCCAGCACUAAAUGAAUACCAAAUACGGGAUGUUAAUGAUUCAUUAAAUAAAUUAUUCAAUGAAAAAAAGUCUUGGGAGUAUCAUAUUAAAAACCUUGGAGGUGCAGAUUACAUACAUUUCAAUAAAGAUUUUAACAAUGCAGGUAAGCUAAGUCAGUUAGAUUCCCAGGGAAGUCAUAUAAAAGGCUAUAGAUACUUUGGAAGAGCCAAGGAAUUACCAGAUGUAAAAGAAGUGCUAAUGAUGCAAGCGAAGAAAAGCCAGGCCAAUAAAUCGAAACGUACCAAAGAAUUGGAACAAAAUAGACUAUUGAACGAACAAGAGAAGAGAAUAACGGCCGAUUAUUAUGGAGUUUAUGACGAAAUUCAUGAUGGUAAUGAUGAUAUAAUCGACAGCAACGAAAGAGAUAUUAUAAAUCAAGUCAAUGAGGUGUUAGGAGAUGAAAUAAUAGUGCCACUUGAUGACAUAAACGAAAAUUAUAUAGCCAAAAGGGCACAGGGAGUAGACAAUCUCAUUGAAUUUGAAAAGAAUAGAGGCAAAAGAAUGUUCAGAAAACUCAAGAACAAUCAACAAAAUGGCAAUAAAGACUCAAGUGUUAUAACGAAUUUUGAAAAGGAAGUACCUACAACUGAUGAGGUUACCAAAUGGAUUGUGAAUAAAAAGAGAGCGGAGCUAAUCGCACGAUUAGGAAUAAAUAAGCCAUAA